CAUUUAUCUUGCAGGUGAAUACCCCAUACACUUCGAAGCGAUAUUUCGAUCAUCGAUGUUCGUACUGUAAAUCGAUAAAUAUCACAGGCACAAACACAAAAGCUUGUGGCACUGCGCGUGUGAAAACAAAAGAAUGGAGGAGGAUCACUAUAUGAUCCUGGGCGUGGAUCCCAACGCUACCGAGUCGGAAAUCAGGCAGGCCUACAAACGAAUGGUACUCAUUUACCAUCCGGAUAAGAACAAACAUCCACGAACGACGGCUCAAUUCCGGAAGAUCAAGGAAGCAUUCGAUGUGCUGUCAGAUCCGACGUCCAGGAGGGCAUACGAUGGAGCCAUUGAGCGAUCGAGGCAUGCGGAUACAAGGAAUAAUUCUCAUAAUUCGGAUACAAGGAAUAAUUCUCAUAAUUCGGGGGGUUGCCAGCCAAACGGAUUCAGCCAAACUGAAACGGAAUCCACGGACAUUAUAUCCACUGUGUGCACCGUGGGCGCCGGACUGCUGGUGGCUCUUUUUGUUGGAUUCGGAGCCUACAGUAUAAUGAGCAGAUCGAAUAAUAAUCGUAAAUAACAGACCAAGUGUACAUAGCAAAUAUCGGCAAUACAAGUUGACGAAGUCUGUAUCAUAUAUAUAUUUUAUUAUAUAUAUCAAAAUUAUCAAAAUUAUUUUAUGUUAUCCAAAUAUUUUAAUGGUUAAAUGUUGUAUAAGUUGCGAAUAUAAGAAAGUACAUGAAAUGUGUGGUAUAUGGGAAAUAAUUUAAAUAAAUCGUGAUCGUCUUGUGCUUACUAAAACCCAGUGACUGCUAAAAGUUGAGAAUCAAUUAUAUCGGA